AUGGCUACAUUGGCAGAGCAUCCGGCGGUUGCGCCGUCUUCCUUUGACCAGGACAUCGAGUCUUUCCUCGACCUCGAUCAACUAGCAUACACCUCCGCAGAGCCUGCCCGCGCAAAGACCGCCCUGGCUGCUCAACCCACCCUACCAAGCACCGAGUUCAACGCUGGCGAUGUACGAAGUGCUGGUUUUGCUUCAACAACAAGUCAACAAGCCCCGGUCGCAUUCCAGGGUCCCAGUCACCAGUAUGAUGAACACAAGCAGCAGACCGGCCUGCCUCCAGGUGCCCUGGCUCAUGCCAUGACUUUCAACCACAUGAACGGUAUGGGAUAUGGUGCCCCGAGUCCCGGUUUCCCCAUGGGCGCAGACCUCUACCCUAGCAGCCAACUCAAGCGCGAAGAGCCUCCCAUGGAUUUCAACAGCCCCCCGACUCGCAACACCUCGGAUAUGGACCUGGAGUCCGACAACAUGGGAUCGGUUCCUGCCUACUUCAUUUCCCCCAACCCGAGCAACAAGAGUCAGUUCGUCGACCCCAACGCUUUGGGCGGCCAUGAGGUGGCCUCCAUGGGCCCCUCCACUCAAGUCGGACGCAUGUAUCCGGGUAUGCACCAGCAGCAGGCUGCCAUGGCCAAGGCCGCUCAGCAGCAGAAGCACAAUGAGUACCUUCGCCAGCAGCACCUUCAGCAACAGCGCCGCAUGGACGAGCACAUGCACCACAACGGAGCCCCCCACAGCCAGACCCCUCGCCCCUCCAACCCCGCUGUUGAGGAACGCAUCUCUCGCCUCUUGCAGCAGAUGCGCCAGUCUGCAUUGAACUCGCCUGACGACUCCCCCUCUCCCCCUUCCCUCCUGCCUCAGAUGGCCAAGGCCAAGAAGGAGGAGCAGGAUAUGGAUGAGGAUGAGAGACUCUUGGCCAGCGAAGAAGGAAAGAAGCUCAGCAGCAAGGAACGUCGUCAGCUCCGGAACAAGGUUUCCGCUCGUGCUUUCCGGUCUCGCAGAAAGGAAUACAUUGGUCAGCUCGAGAGCGAGGUUGCCGCCAAGACCAACGAAGCCCACGAACUGCGUCUGCAGAACCGUUCCCUCUUUGAGGAGAACGCCCGUCUCACCGACCUCGCCCGCAUGCUCCUGUCGUCCCCUCACUUCUCUCAGUUCCUGGACGAGAUGGGCCCCAACGGUCUUCCCCUGCCGAGCCAAGUGCAGUCGCAGCCCCACCCUCAGCACCACCAGCACCCUCAGCACCCGCAACAGGCCCAACCUCAGCAGCAGCCGCCCCAGCAGCAAGCUCCCGCCAUGACGCAACCGCCUAUGCAGCAGGCUCCUCCGGUUGGUAUGGUCAUGGUUCCUAACCAGGGACUCGAUGUCUCAGCCAUGGGUAUGAACAACGGUGGCUGGAACUCGGGUAUUGACAUGAACUACGGCAAUGCCUCCGUGUUCGCCGUUCUGGAAAUCCCUGAGCCCGUUAUUGACACCGAGACCCUCUCUGGCAAGACCUCCAGCAUCGUGGACUCUUGCCUUCCCAGCGUUGCCAGCUCCAAGGACGAGGCUCCUGUUCUCGCCUCUAUGCCACCUGUUGCCGAAACCGAGCAGAAGUCGGACAUUGGCGUUGAGAACCCUGAUGUCGUGAUGGACGAGUCGGACCCUGCCUUCGCCCUCUUUGCCGAUAUGCCUGCCGCCCCUACAUCGCAAGGAUCUGUUCGUGCUUUCGGUGGUAUCGCUACCGGAAAGUCGACGUUUGAGCUUGUUGUCGAGGGCGAGGUCAAGGACAGUGCCCAACAAUUUGCUCAUCUUUGCCACAGCAUGGAAGCCGCUUUCGAGCGCGUGUCCAUGAUGACUGCUCAUCUUUCAUGA